AUGGCGGGGGUCAGCGCGGGGACGGGGGCGAUGAGCUCCCUCCUCGGCAAGCUCUCCGCCUUACUCACCGACGAGUACAAGCUUCUCAAGGGCAUCCGCAAGGAGAUCCAGUUCCUGGAGCGCGAGCUUGGCAGGAUGCGAGCCUAUCUGCACAUACUGGCGGACAUGGACAAGCUCGACGACCUGACCAAGAAGCGGAGAGACAGCUUGCGCGACCUCAGCUAUGAGAUGGAGGACUGCAUCGACCGUUUCAUGGACCGGCUUGGCACCGGCGACGCCAGGCGAGGGUUCAUGAGGACGACCGCGCGCCGGCUCAGGACGAUUUGGGCGCGCCAUGACAUCGCGACCCUCAUCAGGGACCUCAAAGCUCGGGUCUUGCAGGAGACCGAGCUGCAUGACAGGUACAAGCUUGAUGAAGGUUAUUACAGUGCAACGAGGCCAGUUCAAAUAGAUCCCCAGAUGACCGUGCUCCACGAGGAGGUCAAGGGCUUGGUGGCCAUGGACGCCCCAGUGAAGCAUAUUUCUGCAUUGCUGAUGGAUCAGAGUAUGGAGCUGAAAGUGGUACCGAUUGUCGGGCCUGGAGGCUUGGGGAAGUCGACCCUUGCAAUGGAGGUCUAUCGCAAGAUUGGGAGGGACUUCCGUUGCCGAGCUUCCGUGUCAGUUUCACGCGCUCUUGAUCUGGAGAAGUUCCUCAAGGAUAUCUUGUCUCAAAUUGAUGAGUCUAGAAAAUGUCAGCCAGAGGGUUCAGACAUACAGCAACUUAUCCGUAAAACCACACAAUUCUUGACCGGAAAGAGAUUGUUCUUUAAGAAAAUUUUCAGCUCAGAUGAUCCCUGUCCCGCAGAACUGGAAGAAGUUUCUACUAGGAUCUUAAAAAAAUGUGGUGGUCUACCAUUGGCUAUAAUUACAUUUGCAAGUUUGCUUGUCAACAAGACACAUAACAACGAUGAAUGGGAGAGACUGCAAGAGUCCAUUGGUACUGGUUCUUCGCUUGAUAACAAUGAGACCUUCAAAGGGAUGAGACACAUAUUCAAGAUUCGUCGUCUGUCAAUGCAAUCUAGUGCCAAAGAGCAGGAUGAGGCGGUCCAUGCAAUCACAGAAACCAAGUCACAUGUUCGCUCACUGACUAUGUUUGGGCAAGUUAAGCAGAUAUGCCACCUCGUGGACUUUCAUGCUUUGCGGGUGUUGGAUCUCGUAGGAUGUGAAUUGUUGGAAAACAAGCAUGUAAAAAAUAUAGGAAGUUCAUGCCAGCUUAGGUAUUUGCAACUUAGCAGUUUUAAAAUUACAGAGCUUCUUGUGGAAAUCGGAAAGCUGCAGCACUUAGAGACUCUUGAUGUGAGAGGAUGUUAUUAUCUUCCAAGACUGCCAUCAACUGUUGUGCAAUUGCAAAAAUUGGUGUGCCUACUUGUGAGCCGUCGAACAGAGUUGCCUGCAAGUGAGUUUGGGAGUAUGCAAGCCUUGGAGGAGUUGGAGAAGUUAAAUAGCUGGAACAAUGACAAGAUUGCAAAUACAUGA